AUGCCGAAUCGUGACGGCGGCGAGGGCGACACGGACGGAGCAGGCGACAAAGGCGAAUCCGACGGCGGAGGCGGCGACGGCGACACGGACGGAGGCGGCGAAAGCGAGACCGAUGGCGGCGACGGCGACGGCAAGCGAGCUUGCUGCGGGGAGGGCGAGACGGAGGAAGGCAGCGGCGACGGCGACACGGACGGAGGCGGCGACGGCGACACGGACGGAGGCGGCGACGGCGACACGGACGGAGGCGGCGAAAGCGAGACCGAUGGCGGCGACGGCGACGGCAAGCGAGCUUGCUGCGGGGAGGGCGAGACGGAGGAAGGCAGCGGCGACGGCGACACGGACGGAGGCGGCGAAGGCGACACGACCGACGGCGGCGGGGAGAGCGAUUCCAACGGCGGCGGCGGCGACGGCGACAAGGACAGAGGCGGCGAAAGCGAGACCGACGGCGGCGACGGCGACGGCGACAUGGAUUGA